AUGAACGCUUCAGCCAACCUGCGAGCGUCUAGGAUUCGAACAUCCAUUCUAGUACCAGUGCAGGCUCCUCCAAGACUCAACAACCAUGCCCUUCCUUCAAGAACAACCGGCAUCGAGGUCGGCACAGGCGAAAGGCGGCGCAUUGUGCAGACCUUGGACUAUCUCGAAUACCGCGUCCGAUGCGACAUGGAUAGAGAGGCAUCUCUCCCAUCCCCGAUCAAAGAGUACACCAUCGAAGACGCCAUCGAGGUCGAGACAUCGAGACGGUCACAGGUCGCCCGCAUGUUUACCAUCUUUCCGUAUAAAGAUAUGAACUGGAUAGUCACCAUGCUCUUCGUCGUCGGCAGUAUCGCCUUCGUCAUCAACGCAGGGUUUGGCUUGUUCCCGCUUCUCGACCCAAGUCUUGGCUUCGAAACACUGGCGACCGUCGCGAUUCCGGGUACGAUCCUGAUUGGUGCCUCCAUGUUCAUGACCGGAGGCAUCCUUGGCAUCUUUGCCGCCUUCAAUGCCGACCGUGGAACGCUGGAGAAGAGCGACACCAAGUCUGUAGACGGCGAUGCCCCUGCUAUUUACCGGCCCGCCCUCGUCGGAUCCGAAGCUUGGGUAUGGAUCCCGUCCGCGGCCGAUUUCGCUGCCCUCCUACGCACAGUUCCGUUCCAGGCCGGGUUGGUCAUGUUGUCCGGCGGAAUUAUUCUAUCAACGGCUGCUGUUGCUGGGUUCCCGGGCGUCCUUGACCCGACCAACCUAUUCCUCCUCCAAGCCCUCGUCUUCAUGCCGCAAGUCAUUGGCGGGUCUCUUUUCUUCCUCGCCAAUACCGCUCUGCUCAUACAGACUCAGGAACGCUGGUUCAAGCCCAGGUUUUGGGCAUCUGACUGGCAGGGUGCUGCCUGGAACACCAUGGCAUCGGCCGGCUUCAUCGUCACAGGUGUCAUGCUUCUCACCAACGAGAUGUUCGGCAGUGCCGUGGUCUCGUUCAUUGCCAGUACUGCCUUCUUGGUUGGUAGUAUCAUCCAGUGGUACGCCCUGAUGGAAUUUCAUUCGACAUCUUGGGCGGCUUAA